AUGGGCGGCCGCAAAGCCGGUUCCAAAAGAAAUCGGACUCCUCCGGUCUCAAACUCGAAGAAAACACGAAAUAAUUCCUACUCACCACCCCCGUUACAUGCUGCUCAACUACAGCGCGUAGAAGCUCCUUCUCCUGAAUCAUUCGACGAGCAAAUGUCAGGUGAGUCAUAUUUUUCUGAUUCUACUUCUACCUUGUCGAUUUUAUCAAACCAUCCUCCCAGCCCAUCCCCUACUCAAAACCACCCGAAGCAAAUCAACUCAGACGAAUCACAGCAAGAUUACGCAAAGCCCGCAGUUCGUAUCCCACCUAUCUUUGUAAGCAAAUCUUCUGAUUGGCGCAAAAUUGCACCGAUCAUAUUCAGAAAUGCCAUCGUCUCUCCACAAAAUAUAUCUGCGCAAGCAACCUCUGACGGAUCUAUAAUUAUUAAAACCCAUGUGAUUGAUCACUUCAGGCUAAUCCAGAAAACUCUCCUGGAUCAAAAAAUCAUGUUCAAAACGUCCAAACUCCCAGAGGAGCGCACCCUCAAAGUAGUGUUAAGAGGUAUACCCACUGACAUUUCUACUGAUGAGUUAAAAUCCGAACUCGAACUGUUAAAUUUUGACGUUAAACUUGUGAAACGUUUCGGACCUGUCAACAAACCCAUGCCAAUAUGCCUAGUCAUUCUUGGCAACACUCAAAAUUCGAAAAACAUUAUGAAAUCUCUGAACUAUUCUUCUUGA